UCUCUCUCUCUCUCUCUCUCUCUCUCUCUCUCUCUCGUGAGUCUCUCACAAGAGUUAUCAGACGGCCAGCCUCCUGGCAGCAGAGACUAUUCCACACAACACUUCGACGAACACAUACAAACACACAGACAUAGACACACACGCACAAACGCGCGCGCACACACACACACACACACACACACACACACACACACACACACACACACACACACACACACACAAAACAACAUGCGUCAAAGAAAGACCCGCAGCGGCGAGCUUUCGCAGUAACCCUCCUCAUCCUCGGGAGAUGAUGGCCAGCCGGUGCGGAGACGCAAACACCGGACUAAACACGACCGGUGAUGAUGAUGCGACGAAGACCACGAAGAACACCACGGCUCUCCCGCGCUGGAUGCGGCUUUAUUUCUAUGGCAUGCACGGGGUGGCCGUGGACGUCCUGCUGUCUUCAUUCUGGGGGAUCGUUUUCGAGCGGGACCCCAAAUUGGUAGGCUACUCCUCGCCGUACCUGUGCCUCGCUCACUGCCUCACCCACUGGGCGCUGGAGCGGCUCCACGCGCGGAGGAAGCUGUUCCCCGUUGGUCCCGCGGUGUUCUCGCUCGUGCUCUACCCUUGCGUGUACAUUGGCCUGCACAUCCUCCUCCUCGAGAGUGUAAACAUAGGCUCGCGGGCGGGACCGGGGCUCGCGCUGGCUGGGGUGACCCCCUUGCAGAUCGCGGUGCAGUACCUCGUGGCGCUAUACUUCUCCCGCGUCUUCCACCCGUGGCUGUCCCGACUACGGUACCACCACCCCCGCCCCCACCCCGGCUUCACGGAGCACAAAAACGGGGUUCAGGUGGCCGAGCAUGGGGGCCUCAAGGGUAUCCCGGAACACGGACUCAACGGUCUCCCGGACAUGGCCCACUUGGUGUUCUACGGCAUGCACGGCUUCCUGGACGAGGUGGUGUUCACCGCCGCCUUCAACCUGAUGGAGCGGCGCGCGCUCGGCGGCCACACGUCCCUGUGGUCCUUCCUGAUGUACGGCACUUGCAGCUUCGUGGUUGAGAAGCUGUACGUGCGCCUGCGCUACGCGUGGGGCUGGGGCACGUGGCGGCGGCUGCCCCUCUACGUGGCCUUUAUCUACGCCUGGGAGCUCACGUCGGGACUCGCGCUGAGGCAGGUGGGCGCGUGCUCGUGGGAUUACUCCCACUACCCGGGUAACUUCAUGGGGUUGGUGACCAUCGUGUACCUGCCCGGCUGGAUGGGACUGAGUCUGUACCAGGACGUCCUGUCCAACGUGCUGUUCCGUGUCCAGUGGGUGGGGGGGUCGGGGGAGGUUAGUGGAAACCGGCCUGACCUGUUCUCGGUGCCAAACACGAAUAGCAACUUCCUGGUGAAGGUGUGA